AUGCGCCUAUUAAUGGGCGCUACAGAUAUAUCCAAGGAGUACACCAAAUGGUCGCGUAAACUAGGAAGCGACAUCAUUUCGUUCAACAUAUUGGGUGGGACUGUCAUCGUAUUAAACUCGCUCAAUGCGGCUGAAGAUCUUCUGGUCAAACGUUCGUCUAUCUACUCCGAUCGUCCCCAGGUUCAUAAUACCAUGAGUACAAGUGACCGACUGAUGGCUGGCUCAUCAAUCAUCAAAGUGGUAUAUGGAUAUGAAGCAACAACAUCCAACGAUACCUUGUUCGAUAUAGUUAGCCGCGCUAUAGAUGGAUUCUCUCGGUCUGCAAUAACUUCCAACUUCUACGUUAAUGUUAUUCCAUGGAUGCAAUACAUCCCGGCAUGGUUCCCCGGUGCAGAAUGGAAGCGCAAAGCACUCGUUUGGCGCUGGCAGACGGAGCAGAUGCUGCAUGUGCCUUAUAACUGGACGAGGGACAAAAUGAGUACCGGAACUGCUCCUCCUUCAAUGUUGAAGCAUCUUUUAUCAAAGUACGCAAAGGAGCCAUCUAAAGAGGAGAAGGACACUAUACUAUGGGCUACGGGUACUCUAUUUGCAGCUGGUACCGAUACUACCGUUGCAAGCACUUUGGUUUUUAUUGUAGCAAUGGCAAUGCAUCCCGAGGUGCAGGCCAAAGCACAGGCCGAAGUAGACAGCGUUUUGUGCGGUAAACGGUUCCCAGAGAUAGAGGACCGACAAUCUAUGCCGUAUGUCCAGGCGGUCAUUAAAGAGGUGUUCCGUUGGAGCCAAAUCUCAUUAAUUAUUUUAUCAACCUCAGGGGUUCCGCAUGCCUCCAUCGAGGAUGACAUCUACAAAGGAUACCGCAUUCCCAAGGGGGCCACCGUAGCAAUAUCCUUGGACGAGAGGGUUUAUCCAAAUCCUGAGUGCUUCGACCCGAGCCGUUUCUUGAGCUCGUGCGCCCCUGAGGCUCCGACAUUCGGUUUCGGCCGUCGGGAGGCACACUUACAAAGAAGUUGUCCUGGAACACACUUUGCACAAGCCGCAUUGUUUAUGGUAGCAAGCGGACUAUUUGCUUUCUUUGAUAUUCGCCCCAAACUUGACUCCAAAGGUCGCCCAGUCAAAUUAACAGCCGAGAUGAAACAAAAUAUACUUGUCAGUCAACCAACCGCAUUCGAGGUCGAUAUCAAACCACGAUCCGAACAGCACGAGCAGAUUCUCAGAACAUGGAUUGAUGUUUGA